AUGAAUACAAAUAAUAUUGAGGAAUCAGAUAAAUUACUAGAGAAUACCUUGACAUUUACUGAUUUUUAUCCAUUUGAUAAUUUAAUAAUAUUACUUAAAAAUCUUUUGAAAGAAAAUGAUAAUGAACACAGAAAUAUCAUAUUAAUGCGAAAUAUUGAUAUUAUGAAUAAUAGAAUUGUAAUACCAGAUAAAGUCGAUACUCAAUAUCAAUUAAUAAUAAUAUCACAAUCAUAUUUAUCAUUAUACACAAAGUUAUUAAACAAAUCACAAUCAUACACAAUCAAUAUUAAAGAAUGUAAAUUCAAACAGGACUAUUUCCAACUAUCACAAAUUAGCAAACGAUAUCGUUCAAUAUCAAGAUUUACAAACAGUAAUGCCAUCAAUGAUGUGUAUUUAGUGUGUGGUAUUGAUAAAAGAUUGGUAAGAUCAUUUUUCAAUAUAAACUAUAAAGAUAAUCAAAAAUCUUAUGAAAGAGCUGAGAAUGAAAUCAAAUCAAUGAAAUUGCUCAAAGGUAAUAAAAGAUUUGUUCAACUUGUUGACUAUCAUCAUGAUAAAGACAAUCAAAUCUUUCAUAUCAUUACUGAAUAUUGUGAUGGUGGUGAUCUUUCUCAAAAGUAUGAACAUUUAACUGAUCUAAAUCUAAUCUUUAAAGAAUCAGAUAUUAUUAAAUAUAUUUCACAACUUUUCAAUAUUCUUUUGGAACUUGAUAAACAUGGAAUUGUUCAUUGUGAUAUCAAACCAUCAAACAUAUUCAUUGGUUAUGAUGGUACUUUGAAGCUUGGUGAUUUUGGAUGUUGUAAAUUCAUUGAUCAAUCAACAAUCAUUGAACAUCAAGAUUCAAAAGUAUUUUUUGAGCCACCUGUUGUAAUAACAAGUGUUCCGAAUUCGAAAGAAAUAUCAGAUCCAUCUAUUUUUGAUAUGAAUUCAAACACACUUAUAAAUGCAACUCGUGGGACUAAAGGUUAUAUUUCACCAGAAGCAAUGAACAGACAAUAUGCACAAUCGUGUGACAUCUUUUCAAUUGGAUCAACAAUUCUCAAAUUAUUAUGUUGUCAUCCAGAUGAUCGAAAAAAUCAUCAACUAUUCCAAACUAAUGGUGAAAUUAAGAUUUCAGAAUGCAGAUAUUCAAAAAAAUUGAUUGAUUUGGUUCAUCAAUUGUUGGAUCAGAGUCCAAAGAAUAGAGAAUCAUUGAAUCAAUUAUUAAACCAAUAUAUUGAAACCAUCACCAAUCAACAUUUAAUAACAUUCAAUUUAAAUACUACAUUCAAAAACACCUCAGUCAUUAUAAAUGAAAUUGAAUUUGGUGAUGAAUUUAAUCAACCUUUGGAAUCUAAUUCACUCCCUCCAAAUCUGACAUCAUUAUCAUUUGGAUAUUCAUUCAAUCAAAUAUUAUCAGUUGGUGUGUUACCUGAAUCACUGCAAUCGUUGGAGUUUGGAAUUGAAUUCAAUCAAAUAUUAUCAGUUGGUGUUUUACCUAAAUCACUUAAAUCAUUGGUAUUUGGUGAUAAAUUCAAUCAAAUAUUAUCAGUUGGUGUGUUACCUAAAUCGUUGGAAUCAUUGAGGUUUGGCCGUGAAUUCAAUCAAAUAUUAUCAGUUGGUGUGUUACCUCAAUCACUGAAAUCAUUGGUGUUUGGUGUUAAAUUCAAUCAAAUAUUAUCAGUUGAAAAUACUUUAUUGUUUGUUUUAUAUCAAAGAUUAUCAACAACAGAGAAUGAAAUCAAAGAACACUUUGAAAAAUUACAUCAAUAUCUAAUCAGAGAAGAACUUAAACUACAAAGAGAUAUUAUCAAUGAUAAACAUACAAUCACAAAUCAAAUCGAUAAUAAUAUUAUGAAUUUGAAAUAUUUACAAAAUAAAAUGUUUAGAAAACAAUAUUAA